AUGGCUCUCCCAGCCCGAUGCGGGCAGCGGAUGGUCUCCUCCUUGCUUCAACAGCGAUGUUUUGCCUCUGCAAUCUGUCUCCCAUCCCUUCGCACCUUUUCUACCGUUCACACUCUCCCUUCAUCAAAGACAAUGCUACCUUCCCAAACGUUACUGCAAAAACCACAGCAGCUGCCGUCAUGGCGGAGUCCCAAGCGGUCGUUCUCGAGCUCGCUGAGGCAUCUGGCUGCGGUUACGGGUCAGGAAGCCCCCAGCGCAAAGGCUUAUAUGGGUAGCAAAGCCAUUAAGGGCGCAGGCCAAUUGGUUGAUGUGACAAAAGUGCUGGUUAUUGGGAGUGGUGGGCUGAGUAUUGGGCAGGCGGGGGAAUUUGAUUAUUCUGGAUCUCAAGCGCUUAAAGCCCUCAAAGAAGCUGGUGUCAAAUCCGUCCUAAUUAAUCCUAACAUCGCUACCAUCCAGACUGACCACAAACUCGCCGAUGAAGUCUAUUAUCUACCCGUUACGCCAGAAUACGUCACCCAUGUGAUUGAAAGGGAGCAACCAGAUGGAAUAUUCUUAACCUUUGGAGGUCAAACGGCCUUAAAUUUAGGAGUCCAGUUGAACCGUAUGGGGGUCUUUGAGCGGCAUGGAGUCAAGGUCCUCGGAACCAGCAUAAGGACUCUUGAAGUCAGUGAAGACCGUGACCUUUUCUCCAAGGCUUUGAACGAGAUUAAUAUCCCAAUCGCCGAAUCAGUUGCUGUUAACAGUGUUGACGAAGCAUUGGAAGCUGCAGACAAGAUUGGAUAUCCCAUCAUCGUCCGAUCUGCGUAUGCUCUUGGUGGCCUUGGAUCGGGCUUUGCCUCCAACGCGGAGGAACUCAAGAACUUGUCAUCCCGCUCGUUGACUUUGGCACCUCAGAUUCUGGUCGAAAAGUCCCUUAAGGGCUGGAAGGAGGUUGAAUAUGAGGUUGUCCGUGAUGCUGCCAAUAAUUGUAUUACCGUAUGUAAUAUGGAGAACUUCGACCCCCUGGGAAUUCAUACGGGAGACAGUAUCGUUGUCGCACCCAGUCAGACUCUUUCCGACGAAGAGUAUCAUAUGCUGCGGACCGCUGCCAUUAAGAUUGUUCGCCAUCUAGGCGUUGUUGGAGAGUGCAACGUCCAGUAUGCCCUGCAACCUGAUGGCCUCGACUACCGAGUCAUCGAAGUCAACGCCCGUCUCUCCCGUUCCUCAGCUUUGGCCUCUAAGGCUACCGGCUACCCCCUCGCUUACACUGCAGCCAAAAUUGGACUUGGGCACACCCUACCUGAGCUCCCCAAUGCUGUCACAAAAACUACGACCGCCAACUUCGAACCUAGUUUAGACUAUAUCGUGACUAAAAUACCUCGAUGGGAUCUGAGUAAAUUCCAAUACGUGAAGCGCGAUAUUGGUAGCUCUAUGAAGUCUGUCGGAGAAGUCAUGGCUAUUGGCCGUACAUUCGAAGAGUCAUUCCAGAAGGCCAUCCGCCAAGUCGAUCCCAAAUACCUGGGCUUCCAGGGCGAUCAUUUUGAAAAUCUGGACGAAGUCCUCAAGAACCCUACUGAUCGUCGGUGGCUUGCCGUUGGACAGGCCAUGCUUCACGAGAAUUACUCAGUAGACAAGGUUCACGAACUCACCAAGAUUGACAAGUGGUUUUUGUACAAGCUGCAGAACAUUGUCGAUCUACAGAACACCCUCAAGGAGAUUGGCAGCCUCUUUGGAAUCCAGAAGGAAAUGAUGCUUAAGGCCAAGAAGAUGGGUUUCUCUGAUAAGCAGAUUGCUCUGUGUGUUGGGGCGACCGAGGAUGAUGUGCGCGCAAGGAGGAAGAGUUUUGGUAUUAGACCCUGGGUUAAGAAGAUUGACACCCUGGCAGCCGAGUUCCCUGCUGAUACGAACUACCUCUACACCACCUACAACGCUACAUCUCAUGAUGUCACUUUUGAUGAUUAUGGGACCUUGAUCUUGGGAAGUGGUGUUUACCGUAUUGGAAGCUCCGUCGAAUUCGAUUGGUGCGCAGUUAACGCAACCCUCUCAUUGAGAAAUAUGGGCAAAAAAACUGUCAUGAUCAACUACAACCCGGAGACCUACUCCACCGAUUUCGACACUGCCGAUAGGCUCUACUUCGAAGAACUGAGCUACGAGCGUGUCAUGGACAUUUAUGAGCUCGAGCAUGCCACUGGAGUCGUCGUUUCCGUUGGUGGUCAAUUGCCCCAGAAUAUUGCUCUCCGACUCCAAGAAACCGGAGGCGCAAAGGUCCUUGGUACAGAUCCAAAGGACAUUGACAAGGCCGAAGAUCGCCACAAGUUCUCCCAGAUCCUCGAUAGCAUUGGGGUGGACCAGCCAGCCUGGAAGGAGCUGAGUUCCGUAGCUGACGCUGAGGCAUUUGCUGACUCCGUUGGGUACCCCGUCCUCGUCCGCCCUAGUUACGUACUCUCAGGGGCUGCCAUGAGCGUCAUCCGUAGUCAUGAUGAAUUGAACGAAAAGCUUGUUUCUGCCAGCGCUGUUUCCCCGGACCACCCAGUGGUCAUCACCAAGUUUAUCGAGGGUGCCGAAGAGAUUGACGUUGACGCCGUUGCCUCUGCUGGUAAGCUUAUUAUCCACGCCGUCAGUGAGCAUGUGGAAGCUGCAGGUGUCCACUCUGGUGAUGCCACCUUGGUCCUCCCCCCUGUCAACCUUGAUGAACAAAUCAUGGCCCGAGUAAAGGAUAUUGCCGAGAAAGUUGCAAAAGCCUGGAACAUCACUGGCCCCUUCAACAUGCAGAUCAUCAAGGCUGAUGAUCUCGAAGGUGGAGAGCCACAGCUCAAAGUCAUCGAAUGCAAUCUCCGUGCAUCGCGAUCAUUUCCGUUUGUCAGCAAAGUUCUUGGCACCAAUUUCAUCGACAUCGCUACCAAGGCCCUUGUUGGCAGAGAUGUCCCUGAGCCCACUGAUAUCAUGGCUGUCAAGCGCAAUUAUCUUGCUACUAAAGUUCCUCAAUUCAGCUGGACCCGUCUUGCUGGCGCUGAUCCAUAUCUUGGAGUUGAGAUGGCCAGUACUGGUGAAAUCGCCUGCUUCGGUAAGGAUCUGGUCGAAGCAUACUGGUCCUCACUGCAGUCGACGAUGAACUUCCGCAUGCCAGAACCGGGAGAGGGCCUUCUGCUUGGUGGUGACACUGAGAUGUCCGAACUGCCUCAGAUCGUUGAUUACCUGAGCCCACUCGGAUAUAAGCUGUAUGCUGCCAGCCCAGAAGUCAAGACUUGUCUGGAAGCAAAUGCCAAGGGCGAUGUCAAGAUCGAAGUCAUCGAAUUUCCCAAGGAAGACAAACGGGCCCUGCGCGAGGUGUUUGAGAAGUACGAUAUUAGGGGUGUUUUCAAUAUUGCUAAAAGCCGUGGAAAGACACUUCUCGAUGAGGACUAUGUCAUGCGACGAAAUGCUGUCGAUUUCGGUGUUCCGCUCUUUAUGGAACCUAAUACCGCCGUCCUCUUCGCUAAAUGUAUGAAUGAAAAGCUUCCGCGCCAGGAGGGAAUCCCCUCCGAAGUCCGCAGUUGGUCUAACUUCGUUGGCGGCAAACUUUUGUAA